UAUUUUUGAGAAAGAAACAUUAUAUUGUUCAGCAGUAGGCAAGUUGAGUUUCAGAUUUUCUUUUUCUUGAACAAACGAGUGAGUGAGAGAGUUUAAUAAUAUUAUUUUUGUAUGGGGAUUGAAUGAACACCCAACUCUUCUCACGCUAAAACCCUUUCUCUUCCAUUCUCUGUCCCAGACUCUGCUCCUAAAUCAUCCCCAACCAACAAAACCCUAGAACCCUAGCGUCUUCCUUCAAUGUCCUCCAAUAACUCCAUUCUCCCUUAAUCUUCCUGUCGUUUUUCACUAUUUCAUUCCUGUAUUUUGUCUGUAAUUUUUUUGAGGUCGUUGUUUGGUUUUAGAGAUGGAUAUUGAGCAAAAGCAAGCGGAGCUCAUCGAUCACUUCGUUAACCAAGCGUCGACUCUCAAAGGCUCAGCCCUUGGGUCUCUGGUAGCCGAGGCCACGUCUCACCCUUCGCUUUUCGCGUUCUCUGAGAUUCUUGCUGUUCCAACUCUUGUUGAGCUUGAAGAGACUGGAAAUUCUGUUCACCUGGAUGUGCUUCGCUUGUUUGCACAUGGUACAUGGAGUGAUUUCAAGAGAAAUGCUGAACGUCUUCCACAACUGUCCCCUGAGCAAACGUUAAAGUUAAAGCAACUUACUGUACUUACUCUGGCUGAGACGAACAAGGUACUUCCUUAUGACCAACUAAUGCAGGAGCUAGAUGUUACAAACGUACGUGAACUUGAGGACUUCCUCAUUAAUGAGUGCAUGUAUGCGGGCAUAGUUAGAGGAAAGUUGGAUCAGCUGCGAAGAUGCUUUGAGGUUCAAUUUGCUGCAGGGAGAGAUCUGAGACCUGGACAGCUUGGUACUAUGAUUCAAACACUAUCAAGCUGGUUGGCUACAUCGGACAACCUUCUUGUGUCAAUCCAAGACAAGAUAAAGUGGGCUGAUACUGUCAGUGACUUGGACAGGAAACAUAAGAAGGAUGUUGAAGAUAAGGUGGAAGAAGUGAAGAAGUCCCUUUCCCUCAAGGUCAGUAGGUCGAUGUGUCUUACUUACGUCGUGGCAGAAGUUACAAACUGUAAGCAGGCCGACAUUGAGUUCCGAGGGCAUGAGGAGGUCUUCUCUGAACCUGGUGGAGUGAUGGACUAUGAGGAAGACCGUAGCCGACCAAAGAGGAGACGACAUCCAAUCUCUUGAAAAUAUGGAUGAGUGGUGCGACUUUGGAUGGGUUCGGGCGAUUGCCUUGAUUUUUGCCAAUGGCAUUCCCUAGUCCUUCAGCCGUGGAUCACUGAACUUGAAGAAAAUAGUGUCUGGUACUAAACCUGUUGUUGAUGCUUCAGGCUCUUUCUUUGGUAGACUUUGUAGCCAUUGUUUCUCGAAUUGAGUUGUCAGGAGGAAAACUAGAUUUGUUGGAACGGCUAACAUUUUGUGAAUCUAUUACUACUGAAUAACUUGUAAUUUCAUUGUGCUUUUUGAUGUUUCAAUUAAAUUAGUUCAUACAAGUGAUUUUUUCUUA